AUGUCUUACGUAGCACCCAUUCAUCGGCCCAGCAGCAUACGCCAUGCAUUGAGACUGCGGCUGACAGAAGACGAGGAAAGCUUGGUGGUAUCGAGAUCCAACAGGCUGGAAGUAUGGCGCGUCACGCCCACCGACAUGUUCAUGCUGGGCUCCGUCUCCAUUUACGGGACAGUCCUCCUCCUUCAACGCCUCACUCCGAAAGACUCCAAGACCGACUUGUUGUUCGUCGGCACCGACCGAUUCCAAUACUUCACGGCAAGAUGGGACUCUGAUCUUCAGAGACUCGUCACUGAGCAGGUCAUUGAGGACAGUGGAGAACCGCACAUGCGCGAGGCCCAGAGUCAGGACAAGUGCUUGGUCGACCCCUCUGGCAGGUUCAUGGCCAUGCACCUAUGGGAGGGUGUCAUGAACGUCAUGCGUCUAGGAGCUCGGGCUCCUCAUGCUUCCCGUCUAGACCCUCUGUGGGAGCAAGUCCGUUUGUCGGAGCUCUCCAUGAAGGCCAGCACCUUCGUGCCCACUGAGACCGGCCACCCCACCAUUGCUUUCUUGUACCAGAGUAAGAUCGACAAGGAGGAUGCGAGGUUGGCAAUUUAUCGCCUCAUGAGCGAUGACAGAAAUACCAAGACUUCAAAUUUCGAUGCCGAAAAGGACAGAGAGCUCGACAUGGAAAUACUGGACCCUUACGCCAGGAUACUCAUUCCCGUCAGUGUCGAGGAGGACCAGGUCAAGCGCUACCACAAGAGGGACACAUCAGCGGCGAAGGCGCAGCUUGGCGGCCUGAUUGUUGUCGGAGAGACUCUUCUUGUCUAUGUCGACACUCUCACAAAAACAAAGGUGUCUGCUGGCAUAGACAACCCGACUAUUUUCGUUGCCUACGCCGAGUACGAUGUCAGGAACUAUUUCCUUUCCGACGACUAUGGCAACUUACAACUUCUCACCAUUGACACCGACGGCGUCGUGGUCACGGGGCUGAGAGUCACACAUCUUGGUCUUACAUCUCGGGCAUCUUGCCUCGUCUACAUGGGUGACGGCAUGCUCUUCUUGGGGUCCCAUUACGGCGACUCGCAACUGCUCAAAGUCGACGUCACUGCCGGCUUCGAAACAACACAAAUUGUCCAAACAAUACCCAAUAUUGCACCUAUUCUUGACUUCGCCAUAAUGGACCUGGGUAAUGCUGGUGACAGCCAAGUCGGCAAUGCUUUUUCGUCAGGCCAAGCCCGUAUCGUUGCGGGCUGUGGUGUUCAUCAGAACGGCAGUUUGCGGAGCAUCAGGAGCAGUGUCGGUCUUGAGGAUAUUGGCGUUCUAGAGGAUUUGAGUGACGUUCGUGGACUCUUCUCUCUUCGGUCUAACGGCUCGGACAAAGAUGAUACCCUGGUUGUCUCUUUCAUCACCGACACAAGAGUCUUCAGGUUCGAUGCAGAGGAGGGCAUCGAGGAGGUCUUUCAAUUCCAAGGUCUUGAACUAGACAAACCUACACUAAUCGCGUCAACCCUGCCGAAUGGUCAAUUGCUUCAAGUCACAGCUAACAGCGCUGCGCUACUUGACCCUGAAGGUGGCAUCACGCUAAGCACGUGGUCAGCCCCAGAAGGCAAAGUCAUUGUCAAUGCAUCAUCCAAUGCCAAAUGGGUUCUGCUUUCCAUCGAUGGAACCACACUGGUCUCGUUGAGCCUCUUGGAGAAUCUUGCAGCUCGGGAGCAAGUGCUGGGAAGUGGAGUAGGCGGAGAAGGCGACCAGAUCUCGUGUAUUCAUGCCGCAACUGACUUGGAUAAUAUCGGUGUCGUGGGUUUCUGGGCCACAGGCUCCAUAUCCAUCAUUGACCUGCAAACGCUUGAUGCUUUGCACGGUGAAACCAUCAAGCAGACCGACGACAGCGUUUCAGUACCCCGGAACAUUGCUCUAGUACAGCUGCAUCCGCCACAUCUAUUGGGCCCUACUCUCUUCGUCUCGUUGGAAGACGGGCAGGUGGUGUCCUUCGAUGUUUCGAAAGACAACUACUCGUUGUCCGGCAGGAAAAGUGUCAUUCUUGGCAGCAAACAAGCAGGCCUUCAUAUCCUUCCGCGGCCUGACAGCGAUGGUAUUAGCAACGUCUUCGCUACCACAGAGCACUCAAGCCUCAUCUACAGCUCAGAGGGGCGCAUAAUUUACUCAGCGGCGACGGCGGAGGACGUCACCUACAUUGCACCAUUCGACUCGGACGCGUUUCCUGAUGCUAUUGUUCUCGCCACUGAUAAGAAUGUUCGCAUUGCGCAUAUUGAUGUCGAAAGGCGAACACACGUGAAUCCACUUCCCCUGCGCCAGACGGUACGCAGAGUAGCCUACUCACCGGCGUUGAAGGCUUUCGGUAUCGGCACCAUUCGGAGAGAACUGUUCAACAACGAGGAGAUGGUCACGAGUUCCUUCCAAUUAGUUGACGAGAUUGUCCUCGGCGUAGUCGGAAAGCCCUUCCAUCUUGAUGGCGCCGCUACAACGGAAUUAGUUGAAAGCGUUAUCAGAGCCGAGCUUCCGGACAGCUCUGGUCAAUCUGCGGAGAGAUUUAUCGUGGGGACUAGCUAUCUCGCUGAUCCAGAGAUGGAUGAGAAUAGUGAGGUUAAAGGACGUAUCUUAGUCCUCGGGGUCGACUCUGAUAAGAACCCGUACCAAAUCGUUAGCCACGAGCUGAAGGGUGCAUGCCGAAGUCUUGCUGUGAUGGGCGACAAGCUUGUCGCUGGCCUCAGCAAAACCGUGGUGGUGUACGAUUACGCCGAGGAGUCCUCAACAUCAGGAUCGCUCCUCAAACUGGCUACUUUCCGACCAUCCACGUUUCCUGUCGAUCUCGAUGUCAACGGCAACAUGAUUGGCGUCGCCGAUUUGAUGCAGUCAAUGACACUGAUCGAGUUUAUUCCGGCCCAGGACGGUAACAAAGCACGACUCGUCGAGCGGGCCCGCCAUUUCCAGUACAUCUGGGCUACCGCGGUUUGCCAUUUAGAGCAAGACUUAUGGAUUGAGGCAGAUGCACAGGGCAACCUCAUGGUGUUGCGCAGAAACCCCAAUGCACCAACAGAACACGACAAGAAGCAGAUGGAAGUCAUCAGUGAAUUCCACCUCGGCGAGCAGAUUAACAAGAUUCGGCCACUUGACGUCGUCUCCGGCGAGAACGACCCGAUUGAACCGAAGGCCUUCCUCGCAACGGUUGAGGGAUCAAUAUACGUCUUUGCAGACAUCAAGCCCGAAUACCAGAGUCUGCUACUGCAAUUCCAGGAAAGGCUUGCAGGGGUGAUUAAGACCCUUGGCCAAGCAGAUGAGCCUGGAGCUGGACUUUCAUUCAUGUCGUGGCGAGGUUUCCGGAAUGCCAAGCGGUCCGCGGAUGGACCUUUCCGCUUCGUCGACGGCGAGCUUAUUGAGCGAUUCCUGGACCUGGACGCGGGGAGACAAGAAGCUGUAGUCCAGGGGCUGGGUCCGACAGUUGAGCGCAUGAGAGACUUGGUAGAGGAGCUGAAGCGUAUGCACUAA